AUGUCCUCCAAUUCAAAUCUAAGCUUCAAUGAACAUCGAUGGAUAAUUAACAUCCGUCGAACACUUGAGGAAGAGCUCGAAAAUGAUGCUGAGAUUCCUGUCUGCAUUUUCAGUGUCCCGAAAGCUCUAAUGACUAGUGAUCCGGAUAGCUACACUCCACAGGAAGUGGCAAUUGGUCCUUACCAUCAAUGGCGUCCGGAGCUCUAUGAGAUGGAGAGAUACAAGCUCGCUGCAGCAAAAAGAACUCAAAAGAAACUUCAGAGCCUUAAAUUUCAACAUGUUGUUCAUCGCUUGUCCAAGCUCGAGUUGAAGAUUCGAGCCUGUUACCAUAAGUGCUUAGAUUUUAGUAAUGAAACUUUGACUUGGAUGAUGGCAAUCGAUGCAUCAUUCUUGCUAGAGUUCCUGGAAAUCUAUGCCAUCAAAGAGGGGAUCGCAAUCACAAGAGUUUCUUCAAUAUCAAUGUCGCAUUUGGUUGAUUAUGCUGGGAGAAAAUCAGCUCAUAAUGCGAUUCUUAGAGAUGUGGUGAUGCUCGAGAAUCAAAUCCCAUUGUUUGUGCUGAGAAAAAUUCUUGAAGUUCAGUUAUCAUCUUUGGAGUUGGCCGAUGAUAUGCUAUGCUCAAUGUUGUUAGGAUUUUGUAAAGAGCUUUCUCCAUUCAAGAUGAUGCAGGACAUUCCCAAGAUUCAUAUAUCUCAAUGUGCACAUUUGCUAGACUAUUUGUAUGGCAUGAUUGUGCCAAAAGUUGAAGCACCGCCAGAGAUCAUAACUGAGGCUGAUGAUCAGCCUGAUGCAAUGGAAGGCAGAUAUAAUUCAUCCGGUAAUCCAACUUACAUAAGAGAUCUUUUCAGUGAGAUUUGGAAGAUAAUCACAAGGCUCAACAAAGGUCCGGUACGCCUUCUCAAAAGACUGCUAUUUUCCCGGCCUUUUAAGGUCAUACUUAAACUGCCUUGGACAAUCCUCUCUAAUCUUCCUGGCUUUUCAAUCUUAAAACAACCUCUUCAACAUUUGUUCUUCUCGCAAGAUCAAGAAGAAAUCAAACCAGAGAAUGAGAACUCGGAUAAUGAAGUUAACAGGCCUCCAUUGGUUGAGGAGAUCACAAUUCCUUGCGUCACCGAGCUGUCCAAAUCCGGGGUUUGUUUCGAACCCACUACUGGUAAUAUCCUGAGCAUUACUUUUGAUGUCAAGGCAGUUACUCUUUACCUUCCCACCAUCAGUUUAGAUGUGAACACAGAGGUGGUCUUAAGAAACUUAGUAGCAUUCGAGGCAUCAAAUGCAUCGGGACCAUUGGUUUUUACACGUUACACUGAAUUAAUGAAUGGGAUAAUUGAUACCGAGGAGGAUGUGAAGUUUCUUCGAGAAAAAGGUAUCAUUUUGAACCGGUUAAAGAGCGAUGAAGAGGUUGCCAUCUUGUGGAAUGGGAUGAGUAAAUCCAUUAGGCUUACUAAAGUCCCUUUCUUAGAUAAAGUGAUUGAAGAUGUUAACAAGUAUUAUAACCAGCGAUGGACGGUAAAAGUUGGGAAAUUUAUGAAGCGAUAUGUGUUUGGUUCUUGGCAAUUUCUCACAUUGCUGGCUGCAGUUUUUCUCUUGCUCUUGAUGACAUUACAAGCCUUUUGUUCUAUCUACAGAUGCAGUCGCGUGCUUCACAUUUACAGUACCACUUAG